AUGGAACGAAAAGGAUGUGGUCUUGGGGAUUUGUGCGGCAAGUUCAAGCCACACCUAUUGAUGAUCUUACUUCAGUUGGUCUAUUCCAUCUUGUAUUUCAUCACAGAGGCUUCCUUCAUUCAUGGCUCCAAUCCUUAUGUCUAUGUGACCUAUAGGAAUAUUUUGGCUGGCCUUGUGCUGUCACCUUUUGCAUACUUCCUCGAGAGGUGCACAUAUGCUAAUGCACAGCCAAAGUUGACAUCGGCUCUUUUCUUGGAAAUUUGUGUGCUUUCUUUUUUGGAGAUGAGUUUGAGUCUGAACAUGUACUUUGCUAGCCUAAAAUACACGAAUCCAACCUUUGCGACUGUAUUAUAUAACACUCUAGCUUCCAUUACUUUCAUUAUUGCGGUGAUACUCAGGGUCGAGGUCAGUAAUCUGCGCAGUCUUCGUAGCAUAGCAAAAAUAGUUUGGACUUCGGUUUCUUUGGGUGGGGUAGUGAUCGUGACACUAUAUCGAGGACCAAUAAUAAGAAAUGUUUGGCCUCCUCUGAUUCAUAUUCGUAAAAAUGAUCAUAUCCAUGACGAGCGGUGCAAGGGAUCGCUCCUUGCAAUUGCAAGCUGUAUAUCUUGGGCCCUCUGGUACAUUAUGCAGGCGUAUAGCUUGAAAGGAUACCAUGCAGAAUUGUCGUUGACUACGUGGAUGUGCCUUGUUGGAGGAGCACAGUCAGCAGUUUUCAAAAUGAUAAUGGAACAUAACAAGUCGGCGUGGACUGUAGGUUUCAAUAUAGACUUGUUGUCCGUAACAUGUAGUGCAAGUCUGCAGAUAAAGAGAGGAGUUGUGGCCUCGGGUUUGUUUAUUUUCGUUCAACUGUGGUGCACAAAAGAAGAAGGCCCAGUUUUUGUCACUAUGUUCAACCCUCUUCUUACAGUUUUAGUGGCUGUUCUUUCAUAUUCCGUCGUCGGCGAUAAACUUCACCUGGGCUGCAUCGUGGGGGCAAUCGUAGUGGUGAUUGGUCUGUACUUGCUGAUUUGGGGUAAAGAAGAAGGGCAAGAGGGUGACAUUAGCAGUUCAAAAAAGCGAUUGAUGUGCAAUUCUGAUGAUCCCCGAAAGCAGGACAACUUGGAUCUUUUUAAGAGAGUCAGAAGACCAAAAAGCUAA